AUGAUAGUUAAAACUCUUUUAUUUUUGUGUAUCGUUCUUACUACGUUACCAAAAUCAUCAGGCACAUCCUUUGGUAUAGAUGUAUCCACUAAAAUCAGUGUUGAAGAAUUCAAAUGCUUACUUAAUAAUAAUUUUAUCUCCGUUACAAUUCGUUGCUUUGAGUCCACCUAUGGAAAUCCCUCUGGUUUUAUUGAUCCAAAUUGUGGUAAUUCCAUCUAUAAUGCUUGGAUUGCAGGCUUUACUUGGAUUGAUGUCUAUAUGUUUCCAUGUCCCAAGUGUGGAAAUGCUACAGGACAAGUAAAUACAUUAGUAAAAUACUUGAGUGAUACCUUUGGUUACACUACAAUGGUGUGGGUAGAUGUUGAAGAAAAUUAUAAACCCCCUUACUAUUGGAGUAAAACCAACACCACUAAAAAUGUAGAAUUCUUCUCUGAAAUAAUAAAUGCUCUUGAAGACAAUGAUAUAACUAUUGGGGUAUAUACUUCGAAAUACCAAUGGACAUCGAUUAUGGGAAAAUACACUGGUGGUUCACCCUAUCCACUCUGGUAUAACCAUAAUGAUACAAAACCAAGCUUCGAUGAUUUUACUCCAUUUGGUGGAUGGACCUCUCCUGCAAGUAAACAGUACUUUCUUCAAUAUUCUAUAUGUAAUGUUGGAGUAGAUUUGGAUAUUAAGUUAUUAGCAAAGCCCCAUUAA